CUCAUAGGUACUCACACCCGUUGGGCUAAGGCUAUAACUCUAUACCCUCUUAACAUCCGUAUACCUUCGCUAACCAAAACUAACGCUAACGACCUAUCGAUAGAUAUUUGGAUGAAGUAAAUAAAUUAUCCGCGCUUUGAAUUUAGGGUUCUGUAACUGUAUAUACUCUAUUUCUGUUUUCUGUAUGGAACGAACCGAACAAUUCAGGUUGUUUUUAAAUGUUGAUCGUGAAUAGUGAUGGAAAAUGAUCAAUUGAGUUUUUGAAUUUCAAUUCAGUUGUUGUCGGGAAUUGUUGCUAACGCGUUUACGCCUGCGGAUACAGUUAUACUUUUUGUUUUCGCUUGUAAUAUUUAUCAAACCAUCAGGUUGUUUCUGAAUUCAUUUUCCCAACCAUACUCUAAGGAUUUUAUAAGAAUUGUGAACACAGGGAUAUAAAAACAUCAACAAAGGACCACAAUAUUUAACCUAACUUCGAAAAACAAAACUCCUCUUUUUCCAAUCCAAGAAUGCUUAACGAAGGAUGAUGCAGAUAUGUACAGGUACACAACACUAAAUCCUCUAAGGCCAACGUUCUGUCUCGACGUCGUCGUUGUCGUUGUCGUGUUGGUGGGCGUUAUAUCAUCCCAAAGCACACUUAUAACUCUCGAUCAAGGACCAUUAGUCGGGCUAAAGGUAUUUCCGGAAUCAUCUCGCACUGCAGUGUACACCUUUUUGGGUAUUCCAUAUGCGGAGCCACCUGUGGGAGCUCUGAGGUUCAUGUACCCUAGGCCUCAUGGUGGGUGGGGAAACAGGACGUAUUCGGCAACCAGUGCCAAGCCCAUAUGCCUACAGCUGCCGAACAGUGUGUAUGAUGAAACACCCGAUGGGACACCUGCACGCGAACCGGACAUGCACGAGGACUGCUUGUAUUUGAAUAUCUGGGUUCCGGAGGUGGGUCUUCGAUUUGGAAGCUUACCAGUGCUGGCUAUAAUCACUGGUGAGGAGAUGUCCUUCGAUUGGUCUCGCAAUCGUCCCUCUGGACUGGAUUUCUCGUCGGAAGGGGUGGUAGUGGUGACCAUUCAAUACAGAAGCAACGUCUUUGGCUGGAUAGGCCUAAAUAACAAAGAGCUACCAGGAAAUUUCGGUAUCCAUGACCAGGAACGAGCAUUGCAAUGGAUCCAACAGAACAUCCAGCAAUUUGGUGGCAACCCAAAGCAGGUGACUCUGCUCGGCCAUGGCACUAGUGGUUUUGCUUGUGCCCUAAUCCACAUGAUUAGUCCAAGGAGCAACAAUUUGUUCAACCAGCUGGUCCUUAUGUCCGGAGCUGCAGUUAAUUUGAAUGUCGCCAACAACCAGCAACCCUCACAGAGAAUAAUCGAGAAGCUGGGCUGCCAGUUUGAGGCACUCAACCAAGUGGUGGUCAAGUGCCUCCGGUCGAAGAGUGCCAGUGACUUACAGAGAGCUUUCGAGAGUGUUUAUGCCAAUGGAAAUUACACCUCGAUAAUGGGACCGGUUGUGGAUAGUUUUCGACCCAAAGGUGAACAAUACAUACCCAUGGGUCUGUUGCAGGCACUGGCUUUGGGCAACUACACAAAACGUCCCAUCAUUGUUGGGAUUUGUUCGAACGAGGGUGCCUUCAUCCAUGACUACUGGAUCGAUUUGGCCAAAGAGGGUUAUGGCCCCUUAAAGGCUUACAUAAAUCACACAACCAUACCCAUGGUUUUGAGGGAGAUACACUUUCCGUCUGCGGUCGACAAGAGUCAAGUCCUGGACACUCUCAACUGGAAGUACUUGGGGCAGAUUGGCUCUAGUGCCAGUUAUCUACUUAACGCAAUGCAACGUAUGAUAUCCGAAGCGAAGUACGAGUCCUUCUUCUAUCAUGUCACCGAGACAUUGUCCUCACAAUCACAACCACCAUCCCAGUCUAUGGCAAUGAACUUCACUUCACAAAAGAAUGCCAAUGUGUAUGUGUAUGCCUUUCAGAUAACCAAUUCCAUGGACAUGCGAGGCAAGGUCAACUUGUUCGGUGGUGCCUCACACUCAUCCGAUUUGCCCUUCCUCCUUGGUCCGAGCUUAUUUCAGCAAAUUGCCAGAAGGAGGUUCACUCCUGCCGAGGAGAAGAUUUGUCUCAAAAUGCGGACGGCUUUUAUGAAUUUCGUGAAAACAGGCAAUCCCACCCCAGGCAGGAUAUACAACGCAUGGCUGCCUUACACUCCUGAAAGGAAGUACAUCCAUAUCAUUGGGGAAGCAGAGUCAGAACCGCUGAGGAGCAACGUUCUCACAUUUCCAUUCGAGCGAAACCUGCCCGAAAUCGAAAAGCUGCUGGCACGGAAAUCGAUUCUUGGACUCUCGCGACCAAAUCGGAAUGACUUCAAUCCAUACGAGUUGGGUCCAUCGGCCCUGGACAGCCAACAGAGUAGGGCUUCGUAUAUGAUGAACCAUCAAGACAAUACCUAUUUCUAUCAUUUGAAGAAAGUUUAUUCGUUUUGGAAUAUCCUCCUCCCCAAUAUGGCCCAUUCCCCACUUGACAGAUACAAUAUUAGCACAAAUGAUGCUCUCAGCCAAAGAAUGCGAUUCUUGGAGGUUUCGGCGGACGCUGUUCGAUACAAACGCGCCUUCUUCUCCAUGCUUACCCUGGUUUGCAUUCUCUUGGCUCUGCUGGGAGUAUGCAUCUAUCUGGUGCGCCGCCAGCACUCGGGCUUCUCUUCGCAGUCCUUAUGACAAAGAAAACAAACCAAACGCCAACUCCAAAAUUGCCUCGAAGGAAUUCUAAUUGGCGACGACAAUUACAGCAGCAGCACCAACAGAGUAUUCACAAUGAAGAACCCGAUGGAGGUGAUAUUGGAGGAAGAGCAAGAGACAGAACCACUUCAUCUGGAAGAGAAAAAGAUCCUAAUCAGAAGCAAAAGAAAAAGGACAAAGUGGAUAGUGUGUCCGGCAAACAGCCAGAAGAGAUGGAUAUUAGAAACUGGCAAUACCAAUUGACGUGUGAUAGUUUUUAGGUUAUAAGGUUU